AUGAUUACUGUUGUUGAAGAAUUCCUCGACGAUCUACGUGGAGGCAGGAUGAGUGACUCGCCGGUAGUGAGGGUAGCACAGGGGCAGUUACAGGGGAGGCUAGCUAACUCACCCAGUGGGAAAGCCUUUUAUAGCUUCCAAGGUAUACCAUACGCAAAGCCACCGAUCGGUUCACUGAGAUUCAGGGCACCCCAACCUCCGGAGAAGUGGGAAGGAAUUCGAGAUGCGACCUCAGAAGGGAAUGUUUGCGCUCAAAUUGACCUCAAUAAUCAAAAUCACGCCGGUGGUGCGAGCACGACUUUACUAACAGCUAGCCCGCUGUCGAAAAACCUCAUCAGCAAAGCAAUCUCUCAAUCAGGAACGGCAUUAAAUUUCUGGGUUUUCCAGAAGAACGCUCUGGAAAACGCCAGAAGUCUAGCAAAGGAGUUAGGCUGUGAAUCGUCUAACACGGACGAAAUUCUAGAGUUCCUAUCAACGACACCAGUAAAAGAUCUUGUAGAAGCUGCUAAUAUUGUCAAUUCAUUGGAACUCCUCAUACAAACCCACAAUAAUAAAUUUGGUCCGGUCAUUGAGAAAGAAUUUCCAGGCGUCGAAGCUUUUCUAUCAGAAGCAUUCUUCGAUCUGCUAAUAUCUGGUCGCGUCGCUGAUAUUCCAAUCAUGAUUGGCACGACUUCCCUUGAAGUCUCCAGGGACGCGGAGGUCAGUGACCUACAAGUCUUCAUCCCGGAAAUUCUGCAUAUUGAAAAAAAUUCACCCGAAUCUUUGGCCAUCGCUGAGCAAAUCCAAAAACUAUACUUCAAAGGAACUCCGACUUCAGAAGAGAUAUGCCAGUUGCUAUCAGACAUUACCUUCAAUGUAGACGUGUACAGAUAUAUUCAGUACUUGGUCAACGUGAGCAACAAACCUAUAUAUUACUACAAGUUUGAUUACAUCGGAGACUUGAAUGUGGCCUACAAGUUGAUGAAGAGUAUCGGACUCAAGGAAAAUGCCUGCCAACAUCUAGAUGAAUUGGGAUAUCUAUUCAGAAACGAUCUUCAAAAAGACAUCGUAGUAAAUCCACAAGAUAUAAAAAUGAGAGAACGCCUAAUUAGAUUGUGGACCAACUUCGCUAAGUCUGGAAACCCAACUCCCGAUGAAAACCACUAUCUCACGGUCACUUGGUUGCCAGUGACCAAAGACAAAUUGAAUUACAUACAUCUCAGCAACGAACUAUCCAUAAACUCCGAUCCUGACAAAGAAAAAAUGGAAUUUUGGGACAAUUUGUACGUGAAAUAUUUCAAAAUAUGGGACCAGCCUUCGAUUAACCAAGAACCAAUUAUAGAUACGACUCCGGUUAUAGUACAAGAAACCAUAAUAACGACUGUCACUACAGUUGUUGAUAAUCAUGAAGAAAAUAUAGAAAGUCAUGUUUCCGUUGAUGUACAAGAUAUAGCUGUACCAGAACAAAAUAUACUUAUAGAAAAUCUAGAGAUAAAAGAUUCUGGCAAGGACGAUGUGGCUGACGAAAACCAGAACGGCAAUAUAGAAGUACAACAAGAAGUAGAAAUAGAAGGGAUUAAGAAGAAUGGCAUCAAUAUAGUUGAAAUACAGGAAAAGUUCCAGAAUCAAAACGGUGAUUACAAAUUUAAUGGUAACAUAGAGAGGAAACCGCGGCCUUCAAACGAGAUAAAAAUGGUCCAAAACAGCAACAUAAACCCUAAAGACGUAAUACGAGCAAACGACCCUCCAGAAGAUGAUUUGCCCAAAAACAUCGGCGUCAACAAAUUCGUGAACUUCUUUGAAUCCCUCGGCGGCAAAAAGUAG